GUUUGUUAAUUUCUUAUAAAAAAAUACUGAAACUAUCAGUCACAAGUCACAACCAAUAAAAAUUGACUGGUUUCCGCUGUUUCGUCCCUUCAGCAAGUUCUUCAUCUGCGUGACCCGUAACAAUGGAGGCUUCCUCCGCAGCAACCACGCUAGCUGUCUUCACCAUCUCCAAAGCCCUAAACCAUGGUUUAACCCGCAAGUACCACUCCCUUCUCUCGGCUCGACUGGUCAAUCGUCCGUUCGGAACAAUUCCUGCUCAGUACGGCGCAGCUGCUUUCCUUUCUGCUGCUGCUCAUCCUCGGAACUUGAGAACCUUGUCCUCGGUCCUUCCAUUGCUCAGGCAGCGUCUGCAGAGCGGUCCUAUCUCGGCCGCGUCUUUUGCAACUUCUGGGGGCGGCGGGAGUGGUGAAGGCGGCGACGCCGGUGGCGGUGGCGGUGGAGGCGGCGGAUCGGACGGUGGAGAUGUGAAGUCGAGUUUGGUUGGUGCCGGGCCGGAGGAAGGCUCCGUAUUGUCCUCCGAUGUUAUCAUAUUAGAUGUUGGAGGAAUGACAUGCGGAGGAUGUGCAGCCAGUGUCAAGAGGAUAUUGGAAAACCAACCACAAGUGUCUUCUGCUAGCGUCAAUCUCACAACAGAGACAGCAAUAGUGUGGCCCAUCUCUGAAGCAAAAGUGAUACCAAAUUGGCAAAAACAGCUUGGCGAGGCACUGUCUAAGCACCUGACUAGUUGUGGUUUCACGUCAAACCCUCGAGAUGGCAACAGAGAGAAUUUCUUCAAAGUUUUUGACAGGAAAAUGAAAGAAAAACAUAAUCGUUUGAAAGAAAGUGGUCGUGAACUUGCGGUGUCUUGGGCUCUCUGUGCCGUAUGCCUGAUCGGCCAUCUGUCUCAUUUUUUUGCGUAUAAGGCCUCAUGGGUCCACUUACUUCAUUCAACAGGAUUCCACCUGUCAUUGUCGUUAUUUACGUUGCUUGGCCCAGGGCGUCAACUUAUUAUUGAUGGAAUGAGAAGCCUUCUGAAGGGAGCUCCAAACAUGAACACAUUAGUUGGCCUUGGUGCUUUAUCCUCCUUCACUGUUAGCACAUUUGCUGCCUUAAUACCCAAGCUGGGCUGGAAGGCAUUUUUCGAGGAGCCAAUCAUGUUAAUAGCAUUUGUCUUGUUAGGCAGGAAUCUUGAACAAAGAGCUAAGAUUGAGGCAACCAGUGAUAUGACUGGACUUUUAAGUGUUUUACCUACGAAAGCCCGUCUUUUGAUUGAUGGCUCUAGUAAGGAUGCAGAUUCAGUUGUUGAAGUUCCUUGUACUAGUCUCUCAGUUGGGGACCACAUUAUUGUUCUGCCUGGAGACCGUGUUCCAGCGGAUGGAAUGGUUAGAGCUGGUAGAAGUUCCAUUGAUGAGUCAAGUUUCACAGGGGAGCCGUUACCAGUGACCAAACUUCCUGGGAGUGAAGUAGCAGCGGGAAGUAUAAAUCUAAAUGGUACACUGACAGUGGAAGUGCGGAGGCCAGGUGGCGAGACAUCCAUAGGUGAUAUUGUGCGAUUGGUAGAAGAAGCCCAAAGCAGAGAAGCCCCUGUCCAGCGAUUGGCUGAUAAGGUCUCUGGGCACUUCACUUACGGAGUGAUGGCACUGUCAGCCAGUACCUUUCUGUUCUGGAAUCUCUUUGGGACACGUAUUCUACCUGCAGCUCUUCACCAAGGGAAUGCAGUUUCACUUGGCCUACAGCUUGCUUGCAGUGUUAUGGUUGUUGCUUGUCCAUGUGCUCUUGGUUUGGCAACUCCUACAGCUGUUCUGGUAGGAACUUCAUUGGGGGCAAGACGGGGAUUGCUUCUACGCGGUGGGCAUAUUUUGGAGAAUUUUGCCACAGUGGACACCGUAGUGUUCGAUAAAACAGGGACUCUCACAGUUGGCAAACCGGUUGUAAGAAAGAUUGUUACUCUUGGGUCAGAAGAAGAUCAAUCUUCACAGCCCAAUGAAAAACGCAUCUGGUCGGAGAUUGAAGUGCUUAAAUUAGCUGCCGGAGUAGAGUAUAAUACUGUUCAUCCAGUUGGAAAGGCCAUAGUUGAAGCUGCUAAAGUUGCUGGUGUCCGCAAUCAUAAGGCAACAGAUGGCACAUUUGCUGAGGAGCCAGGUUCUGGUGCUGUAGCAAUUGUUGAUGAUAAGAAAGUGUCUGUCGGAACGCUUGAAUGGGUUCGGAGGAACGGAGUUGAUGACAAUCUAUUUUAUGAUAAAUUUGAGGAAGCAGAGGAUACUAAAAAUCAGUCCGUUGUUUACGUCGGCGUAGAUAAUGCACUUGCUGGUCUGAUAUAUUUUGAAGAUCAGAUUAGGGAAGAUGCCAGACAAGUAGUUCAGACUUUGACUAGUCGAGGAAUUAAUGUUUACAUGCUGUCUGGUGACAAAAAGAGUGCUGCUGAGUAUGUUGCAUCACUUGUUGGUAUUCCACAAGAGAAGGUGGUAUCUGGAGUUAAACCGGAUCAAAAGAAGAAGUUCAUUAAUGAGCUUCAGAUGGAUCAGCACUUGGUAGCCAUGGUUGGGGAUGGAAUCAAUGAUGCUGCUGCAUUGGCUUCAGCACACAUUGGAAUUGCCAUGGGAGGAGGAGUUGGAGCUGCUACUGAGGUAUCUUCAGUUGUACUAAUGGGCAACAGGCUGUCACAGUUGCUUGAUGCUUUGGAGCUCAGCAAACUAACAAUGAAGACCAUAAAGCAGAAUCUCUGGUGGGCCUUCGGCUACAACAUCGUUGGGAUCCCAAUAGCUGCUGGAGUGUUACUGCCCGUCACUGGCACAAUGCUGACACCAUCUAUAGCUGGAGCCCUGAUGGGAUUGAGUUCUAUAGGAGUGAUGACAAAUUCAUUGCUUCUAAGGCUCAAGUUCUCAUCGAAGCAGCAAGAUCGAACAGCGUCUCCCAAGCAGAAUAUCCCAAUACUCCCCGUUACGCACAAUAGAUGGAGAAAUGCAAGAUAGAGAGAUUUAUCUCUUGGGGAGCAACACUCCUCCGAGCAAGGGCGAAAACUUCAUUCAAGGAGGUAGAGAGGUCUGACUGGCAAGCAAGCUCCCGAUCAUGAACUGCAGAGACAGAAUGGAAGCGAAUGGCAUGACAAUUUUUAGUUAUAUUUGUUUUCAUGGUUGGUUGCUCCACCAUUAUCUUUUGUGGAGAUUCGUGCCCCCACCAUGGCUACUUGCUUGCUUCCCUUUCAGGUGUCAUCCAUUCUUCCUUGCAUAAGAAGUCGACAACUCAUUAUAAGUAUUACACGAGGGUGAUCAAUAAAGACAUCAUCAAGCAUAAUAAGUAUGUUGUUUGACAGAGAGCCGCAGACCGGGCACCAUUCCUCGAACAGUACGCAGCGACAAGCUCCUCGAAUCGAAUGCAAAAAAAAAAAAAAAAGUUAUAGAUAUGCAGUUCAUGUCAAUUUGAUGUUGAGGGAGGAACAAGAACUUGGUUCUACAACAGAGGAGCUCAUCGUCUACUAGCAGGCUGCAUUCAACUAUCCACUACUUAACAUAGUAACUGGUAGAUGAAAUUUGAUUCUACAAACUGGCCAUCCAGCCACAAGCGGUUCCAUUCAAUUACAAGACACUCUGACCUACCAAUAUCAAAACUUGCUGAAAGAAAAAAGGGCGACAGAUCCAGCGCAGCAAUUGCGUGUGCACAAGUAUUUCAUAGUCCAGAUAGUCCAACAAAAGAAUGGGGUACUCACACACACACUAUGAAUCAUCAUUGAUCGGCAAAUAACCAGUUGAACAGGCUAAUCAGUAUGGCACACAAUUCCUCCUUUAUGGUCUUGUGCGACUAGAAGUCUAGAACCAACCACUUCUGUCACUUGAAAACCAAGUCAGACCAUGUAUGUCAUGCCCACCUGCAUCAGAUUGGAGUGAGGGACACUCAAAUUGGCAAUCCCUCUUCUGCAGUUCUUUCGCAGAAAAGCGUAGAAAUAGUUAAUGACUAGCUUCUUGAUGAACCAGGAAUCCUUUCUUGCUCUAAUAUCUCCGUGUCCCAGAAGAUACACAACCCCUGAUUCUUUAGCUUUUCGAAUAAAAGAUAGCUCCCGAUCAAGACUCUGCUCAGGAUCAAGUGGAUCUGCCGACGACCCUGAUUUCGCAAUAACCUCAGGAGAAGAACAAGAAGUGCUUGCCUCAGUGGAACCACGAUAGUUGUGGUUACCGGUUUCCUGGAACUCAGCCAGUAGGGGCAUGCCAAGUGAAUAAACACUUCCAUUUGGAGCAACUAGGACUCUAGUGUUGUUUUUGUUCGAGUAAUCAUCAUCUUCUGUCUCCAUAUCAUCAUCCCCAUCACUCUCUAACGAUCUUUCCUGAGCCUCCCUCCUGAUAAACUUCUCCAAACUCUCAAUCAACAGCUGUUCAAAGGCCUGGUGGUUCUCUUUCCUCACAUCUUUGUAACCGUACCUGUUUUUAUUUUUUUAUGCAAAAGAACUGUGACCACAAACGAUGGAUAUAAUUGAGAGGAGAAUAGCUUUCAAACAUCAAGAAUGAAUGAGCACAUUACCUGGCAAUACAACGGAAUAUGUGGUAGUUCUUUGGGCAGACUCGUCUGAAAAGGAACCGUUCACUCUGAGGGACAACUGGGACUGGAACAUACUUUAUACAGACAAAGAUGAUCAUUGAAUGAAUCGCCGGAAGAGUUGUCAGAAAAUGGCCAAAUAUAGCUGGUAUCCCUUUCACCAACUCAUUGUAGAGCAAGCCAAUUCCAGGGGCUCUAAUCGUUCCUAGGUUGGACCCUAAUUCCCUCAUUAAAUCCAUUGACAGCUUCUGCUUCACUUCAGUUUCAUAUUUUAGUUUGCUCCCAUAGUUCCAAAUAUACAUGAUAAGGAACAUAAUUCCAGCAAACACCAAUAUUAUCCAACUUCCAUCUCCCACACCCCAUAAAACCGAUGAGAAAAAUGUCAAUUCAAUCCCUAGGAAAAUCGUAAGAAAGCUGAGCACAACAAAGAUAUUGAUCUGCCAAAUAAGGAGCAUAACAAGGGUCACCAAAAUGGUUGUCAUCAUCAUGACCCCAAGCUCAGCAAUCCCUUAUGCAUUUCCCAUCUCAGUAAUGCUUUGAAUAGAGUAGACGAACAAUAUGCACACCGCCAGCAGAAACCAGUUAAUGACUGGAAUAUAAAUCUGACCCAUGAACUUUCGAGAAGUAUGGAUAAUCUUAAGUCUUGGGAAACAACCAAGUGCUGUUGACUGUUUUAUACAAGAAAAAGUAGCUGUUGUCAUUGCUCGACAAGCAAUUAAUGCAGCAACAUUAGCAAUAAGGAAGAUAGGCCAGAAUAGCUCACUUGGAACUGACGAAAAGAAAGCCUGUUCAGCCAGAACUUCAGUAUGAUUUUGCAUUAGAUAUGCAGCUUGACCCAAAUACCCCAGCAAAAGGCAAGGUAACACCAGAAAUACAAAAGUAAGCUG